GCCUGGAGAGUCUGGGAUAUCACUGGUCUUCCGAGCGCCAGCCCCAGCUGCCCCUGCUCCCGGCUCCUGACGGCAUCUCCGCAACAUGAGCCUCAUAGCGGGUACCCGCGCCUCCCGCUGCCGGCCCAGCCCCAGGCUCCUGCUCCUGGGGCUGCUGCUCCUGCCGGCCCUCGCCCUCGCCCAAGCUGACCCUGAAGCUGGAGAUGGAGACCUGCACUGCCUGUGUGUGAAGACCACCUCUGGAGUCCAUCCCAAGCACAUCUCCAGCCUGGAGGUGAUCGGGGCCGGACUCCACUGCCCCAGCCCCCAACUGAUAGCAACGCUGAAAAAAGGGAGGAAAAUUUGCCUGGACCCGCAGGCCCCUCUGUAUAAGAGAAUAAUCAAGAAACUUUUGAAGACUUAGCUACUAACUGCCUAAAUCUGUACUUUGGCUAUACGAUGUGUUUCUUUUUCUUUUCUUUUUUUCGUUUUCAAUCUAACUGUGGAAAAAGUCUUCUGAUGUUUUUAUUACCCUUGAAAUGCUACAUAAAUAAAAUAAAUCAAGUUGUGGUAUAGUCAAUAUUUCUUAAUAGACCAAAGAAAUAGUGUUGACACAUCAAAGUUUCAUAUAAGGAAAAAUCUCCAGAAUUAAGGAAAAAAAUAUUUUUAAGGAAGAUUUGGUUUAAUAAAGAUUGGUUUUACUUGGUGUUAUAUGUUCACUGAUACAUAUUUGCUUAUUUACAUGAUUGCAUUACUUAAUAACUUACUUACAUACUAUUGUUAUGAUUAGCUUUGCACUUAAAUAUUAAUAAAUAAAUACUAACCACA